AUGAAAGUAGUCGACGUACACGUACCUGUUGUUUCAAUAUGUUUUGUGAUAUUCGCUGUUUGCACGCGCAGUGUAGGACACACAUUCAAUGACACACGGACACUACUGUCUGACCUUCUGAAUGGAUACACGGCGGACGUGCGGCCGGUGUUCGACCAGGCCGCCCCACUCCACGUUAACAUGAGUAUGGACCUUGGCGCCAUCCAGGACUUAGACGAAGUGCAGGAAAAAAUCACUAUAGUUACGGGGCUGUAUAUGGUAUGGAUGGACGCCGGGCUCAAGUGGGACCCCGCGCUCUACAACGGCAUUCGGGAGAUUACGAUUCCUUCAAACAGCGUCUGGACACCUCAGGUCAUCUUGGUUAGUUCUAUUGGCCCCCUUAAACCGAUAGGCUCGGAUCAAGGCUGGCUGACGGUCAGGUACAGCCAUGACGGCAGCGCCUUCUGGAGCCCCGGGGACGGGGUUGUCUCUAGAUGCAUACUCGACGUAACUUUGUUUCCUUUUGAUACGCAAUCCUGCGAGUUUAAGUUCAUUCCCUGGGGCCAGCUUGCGCGAGAGGUGAUGCUUAAACACAUGGAAGACACGGUUCUGACCACUUUCUACGAGGAGAACGCCCAGUGUCCUCCCACGUGUCGUCCGGCGAUACCGCGGGGGGCUUCUCUCAUUUCACUGUAA